UAUGCUCGGCACGAAAUGGAAGAACCCAGUAUUAAGUAUAUUCUUCUGCGUGAUCGUGUCGGACACUCAGUUGAAAAAAACAUGUUGUCGCUCGGCCUUACGAUGAAGUCUACACCAAUGCAAGUUUUGCGAGGCGAGAUAUUAGAAGGUGUUCCUGAGGCUGAACAGCCUACAGACUCAACUAAAGUUGCUGUUGUUGGAAUUGAACGUAAAUCAUUACGUCUUGAAUGUCCUACGGAGGAUAUGGCUCGACUAUCUGAGGAAGAAACCAACUUGCUUUUAGCAAUUACUUCAGCUGAAGGAAGAUACCUAACGUAUUUAGAUAGGAAACGUCUGACAUUUGGACGACAAUUGUUACCCGGAAGUACUGUUUUCGUUGAAGUGAAAGGAGCCUCAAAGGUUUUGCCUGGUGUUGUUUGGUACAAAGGUGUAUUACCACCCAGUCUGGGAACUUGGUUUGGAGUUGAACUCAUUGUAAGUACUCGUGCACUAGUGAAGUCGUGUUGUUGGAUGUAACAAUUUACAUUAUGAAAAUUUUCUACA